UGCAACGAAGAAGAAGAAGACCCGGAAAGAGAAGAGGCGCAGCCAGAGGAGGGACAAGGCAACCAGUCGGAACAAGAUGGCGGACGUCGACGAUUCCGCAAAGAAGAAGAAGAAGGCCAAGAAAAUGGCUGAGGAUGUCGGGGAGAUCCAGCAGAGCGGCGACUUCCUCAUCCGACCCGAAAGCAAAGUGCCCGCGCUGGACACGUCGCAGUGGCCCCUCCUCCUCAAGAACUUCGACAAGCUGAACGUGCGCACGGCACACUACACGCCGCUGCCCAGCGGUAGCAACCCGCUCAAGAGGAACCUCCAGGACUACAUCAGAUCAGGCUUCAUCAACCUGGACAAGCCGGCCAACCCUUCGUCUCACGAGGUGGUGGCGUGGAUCCGCCGCAUUCUGCGCGUGGAGAAGACGGGCCACAGCGGCACCCUGGACCCCAAAGUCACCGGCUGCCUCAUCGUGUGCGUGGACCGAGCCACGCGAUUGGUCAAAUCCCAGCAAAGCGCAGGCAAAGAGUACGUGGGGAUCGUUCGGCUGCACAACGCCAUCGAAAGCGAGCGCGUGCUGGCGAGAGCAUUGGAGACUUUGACGGGUGCCCUGUUCCAGCGCCCGCCGCUCAUCGCCGCCGUCAAGCGCCAGCUGCGAGUGCGAACAGUCUACGAAAGCAAAUUGGUGGAAUACGAUGCAGACAGAAGGCUCGGAAUCUUCUGGGUGAGCUGCGAGGCGGGCACCUACAUCAGGACCCUGUGCGUGCACCUGGGCCUGGUGCUGGGGGUCGGGGGCCAGAUGCAGGAACUCCGGAGGGUCCGCUCCGGGGUCAUGGGCGAGAAGGACAACCUCGUGACGAUGCACGACAUCCUGGACGCGCAGUGGCAGUUUGAUCACAACAAAGAUGAGUCAUACCUGCGGCGCGUCGUCUUCCCUCUGGAGAAACUUCUGGUGUCAUACAAACGUUUGGUGAUGAAGGACAGCGCGGUCAACGCCAUCUGCUACGGCGCCAAGAUCAUGUUGCCGGGCGUCCUGCGCUACGAGGACGGCAUCGAAGUCAACCAGGACAUCGUCGUCAUCACCGCCAAGGGAGAAGCCAUCUGCACAGCCGUGGCCCUGAUGACGACGGCGGUCAUCUCCACGUGCGACCACGGCGUGGUGGCCAAGAUCAAACGCGUCAUCAUGGAGCGAGACACGUACCCUCGCAAGUGGGGGCUCGGACCCAAGGCGAGUCAGAAGAAGAUGAUGAUCCAGAAAGGACUUCUGGACAAGCACGGAAAACCCAACGGGAGCACGCCUGACGCUUGGAAGAUGGACUACGUGGACUACAGUGUCGCUGCCAAGGAGGCAGAAGCGAGCGCCACGCCAGCCAAGAGGAAGAGGGAGGCCGCUGACAGCGAAGUGGAAGCAACGCCCUCCUCGCCGGCCACAGACGAGACUCCCAAAGAGAAGAAAAAGAAGAAAAAGGAGAAACGCGCGAAGAUGGACGAAGCGACGGCAGAGACACAAGGAGAGCUUGAAAGUGGCAAAAAGAAGAAAAAGAAGAAAGCCAAAGAUGACGAAGCUUCGGAGUGACGCUCACAACCGCCGCCCAUUGCAGGACCGAGAGACCGUUGGGUUUUUUGUUUUUUUACCUUUGCUGUUUGAAUUGUAAAUAAUGCCUUUGAAAAUAUAUUUGUUCUUUGUGACAUUUUAGAAGAAUCUAAAAUGAAAGGUUGAUGCCAUGUAUCAAACAUUUACGUGAAUAAAAAACACUCUUGUAA